AUGGAGUCGCCCGCGCCCGCACCCGCCUCUGGCGACUGUCGGGGCGAUGCCCCCGACGUGCCCACCGCGGCGUCGCCGCCGGCCUCUCCGCCCACGUCCCCGGCCUCCUCCCCCUCCGCCCCCGCCCCAUCCGAUGCCUCGACACCCCUGAUCUGGGCUGACCUUGCGGAGGACGAGGACGUCGCCGCCGGCCGCCCUGUGGUCUGCCGGGACCGGGUCCCCCCUCCCGCCCCUGCUCGCUCGCCGACGCUCCUUGCCGCCGGCGGCCUUACCCCCAGGGGUGGGGGUUCGGCUGCCCGUGCGCGAGCGCAGUUCCGUCGAGGAUCGAGCUCAGCUCGGCCCUCUUCGGGGCAAGGCCCGGCCUUGGGGACGGGACGAUCCCGCCGCCGCCGGCGCGCGGCUGGCUGGGGGGUCACUGGACGUGCGGACCUGGGCCCUGCCCGGUCGUCGUGGCGGUCUUCGGGCGUUGUGGUCGUGGCUGAGGUGGCCGCGCCGCCCCCGGAGAUCAUCGCCGACCUGUCCGUGCCCGCCCGCCGCACCCCUUUCCGGCCGUUCAUCGCCACCUUCGAUUCCUCCGGGCUCCGUUUCGUCUCCGUCCACCACGCCGUUCGCCCGUGCCCUCCUCUCCGGCGACCUGCCCCGCCCCCCCCCCCCCCGGCGCCGGCGGCGGUAGGGGAAACUCUCGCCGUCUGCCCGUCCCGGGCCUGCGUGGUGGGCCGCCCCUCCCGGGCUGGACCGCCUCCCGCUGCGCCUGCGGCUGGGCUGGUCCUGGGCCUGGGACGGCCAAGGCCCACGGAGGGUGACGGCCCGUCCCAAGGCCUGCUGCCCCGGCCUCCUCCGGUGCGCUCGAUCUGGCCCCCGCAAGGGUUUCCAGUCCAGCCACCUCGCUCCCCUCUCCCCUCGUUUCCCCCUCACUCGGUUUCCCCUCCCCCGCCCCCACGGCUCGCCCCUGCUGCGCCGGCCCUCCCUCCCUCCCCCGACCUCGGCUCCGCCCCAUCGCCGGAGAUGACGCGCGAGUGGGGGGACAACGCCGGCCGGCCCAAGCGCGGCCUGGACGACCGCCGUGCCCCGUCCCGCUCGUCACCCGAGGGCCUUCGCCGGGAGGCGGACCUGCGCCGCGAGCUGGACUCCAGGGCCUCGCGCCGCUCUCCUCCCCGCGAAGCUCGGCAUUCCCCCAGCCGUGACAGCCGCCGCUCCCCGCCCCGCGAUGACCGCCGGGACCGUCCCCAGUCGCCCGUGGUUGAGGCGCGGCGCUCUGACCGGCGGCGGUCCCCAUCCCCGGAGCGGCGCCGGGCCCGUUCUCCGUCCCUGUCCCGUACCUUCGCUCCUGCUGCCGCCGAUGCGCCCUCGCGCCGCUACCAACCCCCCCCCCCCAACCAGCCCAGCUUCCCUCCCACCAAUGGAGGCAAUGGGGGGCGAGGGCGCCAGGGCGCGAAGAAGAAGAAGAAGCGGGGCCCGGCUCGCCCCCCUGCUGCACCGGCCCCCUCCCCCGCGACCUCGGCGUUGGCCGAUGUUGUUUCUACUCGUGACCAGCCCCCGUGCUUCAACUGCGGGAUCGCGGGCCACUACCAAGUGGAGUGCACCAACCCUCCGAUGUGCUACCUCUGCAAGGAUACUGGACACCCGGCGGCCCUGUGCCCGGACCGUCCGCUGACUGAUGAGCUCAUGAUGUAUGGCCAUGGCAUCGAGGGCCUCGGGUUCUUCCACGUCGAGGUGGACGAUCUACCACCCCCUCCCCAUCGCUCCAGGCGAUCGUCACCGUCGUGGGGGUGGGUGUUGCUUCUUCGGAGAUGA